AUGGUCCCAGAAUGCAGUCUGCCUGUUGGUUCUUUGGUGUCUGGAGUCUCAGUCCAUCCUCUUCUGCGUCUCCACAGCGCAGCGGAAAGUAUGUCGGAAAGGGCCGAUGAUGACGUCAGAGGGGAGCUGCGCCGAGCGGCCAGGCAGCAGCUGAAGCAGAUCCAGAGGGGAGAAGGCUCCACAGCAAUGGCGACUGUUGCGGAGCGGAGAUCCCUGCCUAGCCCUGAAAUAAUGCUGGGACAGCCCUGGAGCAACUGGGCCGACGCUGCCAAACUCCACGGCCACGACGGUGCUGAAUUAGAGGAAAGUUUGAAAGACUUGGGGAAAAAUCGCGAAGCCAUGCGUUUGUCCCGAGAAGAUAUGCCAAUUUUUGGGCAGUGUCCAGCACAAGAUGACUUCUACCUGGUGAUGUGCAGCCACUGCAGUCAGGUAGUGAAGCCCCAAGCCUUUCAAGCACAUUAUGAGAGAAGACACAGCUCAGUCAGCAAACCUGUGUCCACGUCGCCCUUCCCCGUGUCCGGAAGGAACCGCGGCAGUGGCUUUGGGCCUGGGCUAAGCUCUGGAUCCACCGCUGGGGGGAUGAACAACAGACCCUCCUCUGCUGGAUCCCUCCUCUGCUCCUCUUCAGUGCCCUCCUCCAACUCCAAACUGCUUAAACCACCCAAAGAGAAGCUUCCGGGCAUUCCCAGGAGGCCUUCGUUUUACCCGAGGGCUCUACAACCAGAGAAAAUCCUCACCCCGGCUGUCAAGGUGGAGAAGAUUCAUCUGAACAUGGACUCUUCAACAAAGAUGGUGUCGGCUCUGUCUGCUCACACUACCACCUCAUCCUCCUCCACAUCCUCCUCUAGCACUACUGUGAGCGCCAACACUACCCCCAUCACCACCACCUCCUCCUCAUCUGCCCUUAAACCUGGCCUUAACUGUCCCUCCAUACCAAAGCCUCCAUUACCAGCGCCGGGGCAGAUACCCAACGGCAAAGGUCACCUCGCCGUCCUCUCUGACAAGAAGCCGGACAGCAGUGCCAGUAGCAGACGCCCCUUCAACAAGAAAGUGACAGAACGUGAGUUUAAUCCGGAUAUCCACUGUGGUGUUAUGGAUUUGUCUGCUCGCAAAACAUGCACGAGAUCGCUAACAUGCAAGACACAUUCUUUGAGCCAGCGGAGGGCAGUGCCAGGGCGGAGGAAGCGCUUCGACACGUUACUGGCGGAGCACAAGAGCAGAACGAGAGAGAGGGAACGGGAGCGAGAGAAAGAAAAGGAGAAGGAGCUCCAUCAGACGCAGCAGAGUGCUCCUCUCAGGGAAACUGCUUCACACCCCCCCUCUGCUCUCGACCCGCAUCAGGCGGCUCAUGGGAACGGUCCUGUUCCUGAGCCCAACAAGCAUCUGCCUGCAGGAAAGCAAAAGUUCUGCAGCCCCAGUCUUCCACGACUAAACAGUGGCCAUGGAGCGGGCGCAUCAGGAGACACCGCAGCUGUUCACGAUUCAUCACACCCACAAACUGCGUCGGAUGUGUUUUCACGACCCUCCAGUGAUGAGGGCGAAAACGAGGAGAAGGAGGAGAAUGUGGACAAGUUAGACUGUCACUAUUCGGGCUAUCACCCUCGACCAGCAUCUUUUUGUACUUUUGGAAGCAGACUGUAUGGAAGAGGUUGUUAUUCCUUCGACCGGCGGUGGGACACAGCGCGCUGUGCUCUAACCACAAUGAUGGACAAACAUGUUAACUCUCAGAUGUGGAAAAAAAUUCCCUUUGCCUUGGAGAACCCCUCCUCUGUUGCACCUUCCCAUCGGGCAAGCACAAACUACCAUAGUAGCACUCCCUCAUCAGGCUUCCUGGGCCCCCCUGCCCCUUUGCCCCAGUCCCCUUAUAGCCAGUCCUAUGAUGGCAAGUCAGUGCUGUCCUAUGGAACCACCUUAAAUGCCCGCAGCUCCCCUCAGAGCGGGGCUGAACACCCGGCCUAUGGCACCACGCAGGCCCGACAAGUGUCUUCGUCGCCGCAGAUGCCUUCAGCCCAUUCAUCUUCACCUUCUGCUCCACACCUUGCCUCAGGCCGCUCUCUCAAGUCGCGCUCCUCCAGCAGCAACACUACCAGGUCGUCAUCGUUCAGACCCAAAGACAUCCCCUCUGGUUCUCCAACGCCUGCCACGCCGAACCCUACAGGCGGCGGCGGUAGCAUAGGAGCCAACAGUAAUAGUAGUAGCACUAACUUGAGUUUGGGGAAGAAAAGAAAAAAUAGCUCUCUUAUAACUUCCUCCCAUGGCUCAUCUGAAUCCUCUAAUGCCAACUGCUCCUCUUUCAAAAAGAACUGUGCGAAUGUGGGCAGCUCAGGAAGCACUUUCCACCACAGCUCACUCGGGCCCUCGUCAUCCUCAUCCACUCACAGCGGCGUUCACAGUGUGGGCCUCAACUGUGGGCCCACCGUGCGGACCAACUCCCUCAGCCUCAAGGCUGAUGCGUCUGGGGCAUCGACCGGGGGCUCGUCGGGGCCUUCUGCCCGAGGCCCUCCAUCAGGCAGCCCCGCAGAGUCCAUCAAGCGCAUGAGCGUAGUGAUGAACAGCAGUGACUCCACUCUGUCUCUCGGACCCUUCGUCCAUCACCAGUCGUCUUCAUCAGAGCAUCACACCAGCUUCAGUCAUCACGCCGAUGGUCGUCUGGACGGAAAGAAGCGCAAAACCUCCCCCGCAUCCAGCGCUGUUACCAGUGCAGGUCUCGGAGGAGGCGGCGGAGGACCCGGCAGGCCCAAGAUGUCCAAGUCGCCUGCGAUCAACAACAUCCAUGGGAAGCAUGGACGGAGCAUUCCAGGCACUCCAGGGCUACCUAACAAUUCACAUCAGCCAAAGGCUCGUCCUUGA